CACCGACACGGAGAGAGAUCGCCCACACAUUUUUCAAACAACGAUCCCUUCAAAGACCCCAAGNGACACGGAGAGAGAUCGCCCACACAUUUUUCAAACAACGAUCCCUUCAAAGACCCCAAGUAUUGGGUCGAAGGGUUGGGAGAACUGACCACUAAAGGCAAGUAUCGUAUGUAUAAAUUGGGAGAAUUCAUACGACAAGAGUAUAACCAGUAUUUGGGGGACAAAUACUCGCCCCGAGAGGUAUACGUCCGGAGCUCUAUUGUAGAGCGAUGUAUAGAAAGCACAUCCAGUCUAUUGGCCGGCGCUUAUCCACCAAAACAGAAGGACUGGGAGUGGAAUAACGGAACCGAUGCUCAGUUGGGUUUGGUUUGGCAACCUUUCCCUAUCCAAACAUUUAUGCCCGUUGAAAACGAUACAGUUUGUUAUACAUGGACUUUGGAGAAAGAAAAACAUAUUGUGGACCAGUUGUUAGAACCCAUACUCAUUUCCACGCGAUACUAUUGGGACAGUCGUCUUAUUCAAAGGCUCACUGCCGGA